AAUGCUUUUCAGGGUGCGCCUGGACCGCAAGGACCUCCUGGUGCGCAGGGAAUUCGAGGUUUUCCAGGACCUGAAGGAUUAGCUGGACCAAAAGGACAAAAAGGCGCGCAGGGACCACCCGGGCCAGGCGGUCCGAAAGGUGACCGGGGACCGAUUGGUGUGCCUGGAUUUCCUGGCAACGAUGGUGCCAACGGACGACCGGGUGAGCCCGGUCCACCUGGUGCGCCAGGGUGGGAUGGUUGUAAUGGAACGGAUGGUGCACCUGGAAUCCCCGGACGGCCAGGACCACCUGGAAUGCCUGGAUUUCCUGGACCUCCUGGAUCGGACGGUGCAAAAGGAGAACCUGCCAUCGGAUAUGACGGUGCCCCAGGAGAAAAGGGAGAUGGAGGUAUGCCUGGUAUGCCAGGAUUACCGGGACCGCCGGGCAGAGACGGAUACCCUGGAGAAAAAGGAGAUAGAGGAGAUGUCGGAUCAGCUGGACCACGUGGCCCACCUGGAGAAGCUGGAGUUCCAGGUAAUCCGGGAAUCGGCAGCAUCGGACCUAAAGGAGAUCCAGUAAGAUUCGGUCUAAUAUGGCGUAUUCAUCGAAGCGCUUGA